AUGAGACAUCUUAUAACCAUGACCCCCUGCCAUUCUAUUGUUGCGAAAAGUAAUGGACUUUCACCUUCUGAAAUAAAAAUUCCAUAUAAUCAAAAAGUAGAACAGGGCUUAAUAAGUGAAUUGCUUGAAUUUAUUAGGAGUAACAACACCAUGAUCUUACAAAAUUCUUGGUAUUGUUAUAGUGAGGAAUGUGAAAAAAAGGUUUCAACUCUUAAUUCAGAAAAUAAUAUUAGUGAUCAGAUGGCAAGAACACAAAUAUAUGAUGAAAUGGUGCAAUAUUUACCUGGAAUUAAGAGAGAGUAUUUGCAAUUAGAUGCAAAAGUAUCUUUGCUUGAAUCUCAAAAAAUUGAUUCCGCCAAUUCAGAAUAUAUGAUGUCAAAUUUUACUGGAGAUCAAGAUAGUUUCGAUAAAAAUGUAAUAUUUUCUGAUGAUGACGAACAUGACGAGAACAUAAUCCCAGUUGCGAGACGUACUCAUAACCCACCAGACGUACUAUUGGGUCCAUCUCGCACCUCCACUGGGACGUACCCUUCACCCGCCAGACGUACUAUUGGGUUUGCACAUCAAGCUUACAAACGAGGCCUGCAACUAAUUUUAGAAUCAAAUCCACCGGAAAUUAUUGCCCUUACAAUUAUGAAACAGUUAACACAAAAGAUUAAUGAAAGCAAUGAGGUCAAAAGUUUCUGGAAGCUAGUGAUGAAUAUCCUUAAUAUUCAUGGAAAAAGAUUUAACGAGAAAGUUGAUGAUCUAACUCAACAGGUAAUAAAGAGAAUGAAUCUUGAUAAUUUUGAUGUAAAUUUAAGUGAAGAUGAACUUCCAAGUAUGCUCACUCCUGCCCCAAGAGUAAAUAAUGUUCAAGGUGUUAGUCUAAGAGAAAUAAUGCAGGCAGAAUUUUGGAUACAGAAAUCAGACUAUGAUCAAAAUGUAGACCUUACGACUCCUUAUAAACCAAUUCUUAUGCAAAAUCAGUUCAAUUUGUUAACACCCAAAGUUAUUCCUGGUUUUAAAUUUCUUAAAAGUUUUACCCAUGUAAGAUACCUAGAUAUCGUAAAAGAAAUUGAAACCCAAGAGAAAAAUCAGAAAAAAUUAAUUAGCUUGGGACCAACUCUUGCAAAAUGGUUACGAGAA